AUGAGUCUUAAGUCAGCAAAGGUUCUCAUCCUGAACGCAAGUUUCAACUUCUUACACUCAGGAGGAAAGUUGAACACAUCUCUCACAGAAGAAGCGAAAAAGUAUCUUGAGUCUAAAGGUCACGAAGUCAAAGUCACUAACAUGGCCGAAGGCUACAACAUCGAAGAAGAAGUCUCCAAGAUCAUGUGGUCUGACGUUGUCAUCCUUCAGACACCAGGUUGGUGGAUGGGUCUUCCAUGGGGUGCUAAGAAAUACAUCGACGAAGUUUUCGCACAUGGUGUCAUGUACAGGAAUGACGGUCGCACAAGAAAAGAUCCAAGCAAGAAGUAUGGCAGCGGCGGUCUUUGCCAAGGAAGAUACAUCAUGAUAUCUUCUACAUGGAAUGCACCAGAAGAAUCAUUCGACGAUCCUUCUCAGUUCUUCGAAGGACGCCACGCAGAAGGUGUCUGGUUCAACGUGUACAAAGCUUUCGAGUUCUGUGGAUUCGAGAAGCUGAAACCUGUCACAUUCCACGACGUCAUGAAGAUGCCGGACUUCAACAUGUACAUCGAACACCUUCAUCAACACUUAGACAAUGUUUUCGUUUAA